ACGCUUUCGCCGUCCUGCUUGCCUUUUUUUUGCAUUUGCCUGCUUCCACGCGCUGCGGAGACGCGCCCUCAGUGCCUCCGUGCGUAUCUCGAGUUUUUUAAGGACAAGCAUGUUGUGUGUCUGUUUCGCUCCCCCCUGAUCUGAGGGAAGGAGCGCGAGUCGUCUCUCGAGCUCUCGCGCUCGGCCUCCUGUCUCUGCGUUUCUGCGGCGGAAACGCUUCCACGGAAGCGAUGCUCUCGGCGCUCCGGACCUCGGGAGUUGUGUGAAGAACGAACGAGAAGGGAGAGAAGAAGGAGAAGAAGAAGAAAGAGAAGGAGAAGAAGAAGAAGAAAGAGAAGGAGAAGAAGAAAGAGAAGGAGAAGAAGAAAGAGAAGGAGAAGAAGAAAGAGAAGACGAAGAAGGAGGACGGAGAUACGGACGAGAACGCUCGAGGCAAUCCGCCCUCGCGCAGGCCAUGCCAUGCGCGAUUUUUUGCAAGGCUGUCGAGCGCAGUGGAGGGGAAAUGGAGAGAACAAAGGAGAAAAGAAUGGAGAACAAGGGGAAGAACAGGAGAGACGGACAGGGAGAAGCGGAGGAAGUGGAGGCCAGAGUGGAGAUGGACUUAGACAAAAGAGAGGGAGAGAGAGCCAAAAUGGAGGCAAUGCUGCGAGGAACGAGAAGGAAAACAAGUGACUCUUGUUUGUACCGCGUGAGGUUGAGAGAGGAGAGAUCCCCAUUUUCCGACGUUCUUCCCCAACAUGUUUGUGAUGCGUGAGCGCCUUGUUUCCACCGACUGAGAGUGGAGACAGGAGGCGCCUUGAGAAGCUGACGCGAGUGACUUCGCCGUUUUUUUGGGGGGAGGCUGCAUUUGCAUGCAAAGGCCUGUGGGGCGGUUCUGCGCGCGGCCUUCUCUUUUUUUCCAAAGAACGUUUACGCAAAGGUCUAGGAAGAAGAAAGGUGAGAGCAGAGGGCUGCGGAACGAACGCGUGAGGUCUGACGAAAGUGUGAGUCCUGGAUCUGAAGGGAGAAGACCUGCGCGUCUCUGUCGAGAAGCGAAGCCUCGCGCUUCAGACCAUCAAUCCUUCCGAACGUCUCCGAGGAACGCCUGCAGUCGCUCCCAGAACAUUUCCACCAUGUCGAGCGGAAGGAGACUCCGGAAAAGCUCGUUCUCGCCUCCGCGACAAACGCAGUGCCUCUCACCUCUUAGCGUGGACAGAGACGGUCGAAAUCUGCAGCGUAAACUGAAGGCCGCAGGCAUUUGCCCUUUUCCCCCCCACCGCCGCAGCGCCAGACACGGAUCUACACAAAAUAUUUAUUUGAAUUCAGUCAAAUAUAAAUAUAAAUGUGAGCAAAGCGCUCCAUAUGUAUAUAUACAUAUAUAUAUAUAUAUAUGUCUACAGACGGAAAGAGACAACGAUAGGGUGUAUGGAGUACAGCGAGUCAUUCCUUCUUUCCUUCUGUGUUUCCGUGGUAGGUCUAUACAGUGAGCAGGUUUGCGUUUUGGAGGUUAAAUAUCGAUAUGAUGGUCGACCACAGAAUAUGUGCAUUAGACAGAGAGCGGAGACCGCGAGAGACCCUUUCGAGGAGAGAGAGAUCUACGCGGAAAGGCGAGAAAAAGAAACCUCGUAAAAGGUUCUCCGUUGGAAGAAGAGACGCGCCAUGAGCAGGUCUACACCCGCUCGCUUGUCGCAGGGAAGGUCUGCAUGCGCCUCAGAGGAGGAAGGCGCAGACAGUAACAAAGCGAAGAAGGAAGUGCAGCGAGAGAAGACGAAAGAUGAAACAAUCAAGAAGAAAGGAGAUACGAGAAGAGGAAAACAGUAGCGAGGAGACAGAAGAAAAU